AUGUUGAAGACUUUGGCCACAGUUUCUCUACUGUUGAUGAUCACUGCAACCGAUACACUUAUAGUCUCUGUGCAUGCUCGGAAACAUGUGCGUGUUGUCAAUGAAUUGGGUAAUGGCGUUGUUCUCAAUGUCCAUUGUCGAUCCAAGGACGAUGAUCUUGGCGUUCAUGAUCUUCAGAAUGGAAGCUACCAAGAAUGGUCCUUCCAAAAUAACAUAAGCGGCACUACUCUCUUUUGGUGCUCCUUGAAUUGGAACAAUCAGCAACACAGCAUUGAAGCUUAUAGUACCAAAAAUGAUGAUGAAGAUUGUGAAUGGAAAUGCUGGCGAGUUAUUAAACCAGAUGGAGCAUAUUUUUAUAUAGAGACUUAUAACAGAUGGGAGCAGAGAUACAAGUGGUAG